UCUAGCUGACCACCUCUACUCUUCUUUGCGAUCCUUCUUGUAAAACACCCUAACUCACAGAUUUUCUGUUUACAUAUAUCAAUGGCUCCAGCAGCAUUGGCACCAUCUUCGGAUUCGAUUAAGCCUAGAGAUGUAUGCAUUGUUGGUGUUGCACGUACGCCAAUGGGUGCACUUCUUGGAUCUCUUUCAUCUUUAUCUGCCACCAAGCUUGGCUCUAUUGCUAUUGAAGCUGCUCUUAAAAGAGCAAACGUUGAUCCAUCAACUGUUCAAGAAGUUAUCUUUGGCAAUGUCCUUAGUGCAAAUUUAGGGCAGGCUCCUGCCAGGCAAGCUGCACUAGGUGCAGGAAUACCUAAUUCAGUAGUCUGCACCACCGUUAACAAAGUUUGUGCAUCAGGGAUGAAAGCAACAAUGCUUGCCGCACAGAGUAUCCAGCUGGGCAUCAAUGAUGUUGUUGUGGCUGGUGGCAUGGAAAGCAUGUCCAAUGCACCUAAGUAUAUUGCAGAAGCAAGGUUGGCAUCCACUACCAUUUAUGUUUCUCUUAGCUUUGAACUCAAUUGCAAAUUCUCUGAUCAGAUACUAAAAUACAGGAAGGGAUCUCGCUUUGGACAUGAUUCUCUUGUUGAUGGCAUGCUGAAAGAUGGUUUAUGGGAUGUCUAUGGUGAUUGUGCCAUGGGAUCAUGUGCUGAACUAUGUGCAGAUAAACAUACAAUUACAAGGGAGGAGCAGGAUGCCUUUGCCAUCCAGAGCUUUGAGCGAGGAAUUGCUGCCAAAGACUCUGGUGCCUUUGCAUGGGAAAUUGUUCCGGUUGAAGUUUCUGGUGGAAGGGGAAAGCCAUCAACAAUUGUUGACAAGGAUGAAGGCCUAGGAAAGUUUGAUGCUGCCAAAUUAAGGAAGCUCCGUCCUAGUUUCAAGGAGAGCGGAGGUUCUGUUACUGCUGGCAAUGCUUCAAGUAUAAGUGAUGGUGCUGCUGCUUUAGUUUUAGUGAGCGGAGAGACAGCAGUAAAACUUGGGCUGCAGGUGAUUGCAAAGAUCACAGGGUAUGCUGAUGCUGCACAGGCGCCAGAGUUCUUUACUACUGCUCCAGCUCUUGCAAUUCCUAAAGCUAUAUCAAAUGCUGGUUUGGAGGCAUCUCAAAUUGAUUUUUAUGAAAUAAAUGAAGCCUUUGCUGUUGUGGCUCUUGCGAAUCAGAAACUGCUUGGACUUAAUCCUGAAAAAGUGAAUGUGCAUGGUGGAGCUGUAGCCUUGGGACAUCCUCUAGGUUGUAGUGGAGCACGCAUCUUGGUCACACUGUUGGGGGUACUGAAGCAGAAAAAUGGGAAAUGCGGUGUUGGUGGUGUUUGCAACGGAGGAGGCGGUGCAUCUGCCCUUGUUGUAGAGCUUGUAUGAGUCUUUUCAGGUUGGGCCUUUGAUAUGAAGUUGGGAGCUUCGCUUUGAAGAUGAAAAUCGGUUUUGAGGCAUCUAAGCUCAAUGUUUUGCAAAAUUACCCAUAUUUCUACUUUUUACUAGAAUAAACCAUGAGUGUAUUUAGCUUUUAAGAGGAAUGUAUUUAUUAAAAUAAUGUUGUACACCCAAAAUCUGUGUCUCUUUAAUUUCCUCUAUUUGUACUACCGAAUUCAUACUGUGUACUAUUUUUUUUUUUUUUUAAACCAAUGGAAA